CUUUGCUCCGUGGUGAUUGGCUGGCGAAGGGGGCCUCGCGUUUGUCCAAUAUGGCGGCGCCCAGUGGCGGUGGAACUGUGAGGAGUUCGCCGAGUUCCAGGAAUUACUCAAGGUGAUGAGGACGAUUGAUGACAGAAUAGUACAUGAAUUAAACACUACGGUUCCAACAGCUUCCUUUGCAGGGAAAAUUGAUGCCAGCCAAACCUGUAAACAACUUUAUGACUCUUUGAUGGAAGCUCACGCCAGUAGGGACAGAUUCAUAAAAAAUUGUAUAGCUCAGACUUCAUCAGUAGUAAAACAUCUACGAGAAGAGAGAGAAAAGAAUCUGGAUGAUUUAACAUUAUUAAAGCAACUUAGAAAAGAACAGACAAAGUUGAAAUGGAUGCAGUCAGAACUGAAUGUUGAAGAAGUGGUAAACGAUAGAAGCUGGAAGGUGUUUAAUGAACGCUGCCGAAUUCACUUCAAGCCUCCAAAGAAUGAAUGAAUAGAUAUUUUAAAAACGACCGGGUCAUCUCAUCAGAGCUAAGCAUGACAGGCAUCAACAAGGCAGGCUUCCUAGGAUGAUUUCUGAGCCAACAGUUCAAGACCUUUUGUUGAUUUCAGCCCCACUUAGCCAAGACCUCACGUAUAAAUAAUUCUGAUAAUUAUGGAGAAAUCAACUGCUAUUUUAUACUGAUUCUGUAAAAAAAAAAGUUUUGUAACUAUUAAAAUAAUUUUCUGACU